CAAUCGCAUUGAUCUUAGCCCAGAUUGACCCCAUGACGUCACGAGGUUAGGAAGAAAAUCAAGAUGGCUCUCGCAAAGAAAAAUUGAAACAUCCCUUACGGUAAUGUGGUUGAUUUGAGACUGUUAUCGGAUACACACGAUUGACCAAGCGAAGAAUACUUACGUUAAACUAUUUGAAUGAAUUAGUAGUGCUAGUUUUAUGUGAAGAACAACGUGCUUUUGUGGAGAUAUAGCACGGGAAAUCGACUACAAAGCGAUAGAAAAAAAGGAACUUCUGCAAAAUUUGUCAGUGAGUCUGGCUUCACUGUGUGUAUGGUACGCUAUCAGCUCGAAUUAGCACUUGAAGUGGAAACAUUCACGCCGAAUUUUAGAGUCGUCUCAAGUGCAUUUGUGUUUAUGAUUUAUUUUUAAAAAUUUGGAGUAUGAAAUUUAUAUCCAGGAAAGAACUGAACUGAACAAGUUGUGUUUAGGCGAUUUCUGAGUUCAUUUCUUUGGCAUUUCUGACACAAACUUGACAAACCUCAUUCAAUUGUUAUUUUUUGAGACCGGUGUUUAUGUUUACAACAUUAUAUCCUACACUGAUGUAAAUGAAAGUAUUUGUUUUAUGAUAUAUUACUUAAGUGUUUGUCGAGAAGCAUAUGACAAAAAUUGUGUUAAAAUCAACGAUUAAUUGGGAUUGAGCACUGAGGACAUACAUAGACCAACACCAGAUUCACAUUGGUCCAAUUUUUGCCAAUGUCAGUAGAAUUAUGAUCUUGAAGAAAUGUGCCAGGAUAUUUUAUUUAUUUAUAAAUCUGUGAAGUUGAAAAGGCCAUGGAGUAGCAGUAAAAGAAAUGUAAAAACUAAGGCAUCAUGUUGCCCUAUCGUUUUAUUCUAACUUCCAUUGUCCUAGCGAUCCUGUUCGAAAUAUCAGAAUCAUGUGUGCCAAACUGUAUUUGUACGAUGCUUGGCUCAAAAGGGAAACAGAAAAAGGGACGAAAGGUGGAUUGCUCGAAACCAGCAGCCCCAUUCAAAUCCCUAAGUCACAUCAACUUUCCAUUGGAUACUGUUUUCUUGGGUUUAAAUGAGAACGAGAUGAAUAUUUUAAAACAGGGAUCAUUUAACGAACUAUCAAGUCUGGUGAAGCUAAAUGUAAGCAGUAACCAUAUUUCCAUACUAGAACCAGGGGCAUUUCAAGGUCUUUCAAAUCUAAAAAAAUUAGAUCUUUCCAACAACAAGAUCGGAACGAUCAACAGUUCCAUGUUUACAGGAUUACCAAAGUUAGAGAAACUAUCGUUAGCUGACAACAGAAUCAACACCAUACCUGAAGGAACGUUUAACGAUUUAACGUCUUUACGAAGAGUUGACUUUGGAUCAGAUUUUCUACGAUGUGAUUGUCAUUUACGAUGGAUGGUAAAAUGGUCUAAAAGUAAACAAGUGCGAAUCCCAUCAUCAACAGUUUGUGCCUUGCCAAAAGCAAUGAAAGGAAGAAUAUUUAGUAAAUUAAAAAAAGUGGAUCUUCACUGUGAUCAUGAUUUACAGCUUCCAUAUUUUGAAAUUACUCCAAGUCACAGUCAGGUUGUAUUUGAAGGAGAUAAACUUCCAUUUGAGUGUAGUGCUUCCGUUCUUCAUAGUAGAACUAACAUCACAUGGUUGCGAGGAACGAUUCCUGUCACAUCCAAUAAAACGGCUGGAAUUUUCGUGCAUACCCAGUAUACUCCAGACAAAACCAGGAUAACUCACUCUUUGGCCAUCAAAAAUCUGGACAAAUCGCACAGUGGACAGUGGUAUUGUCAGGUGUCAACGCCUCAAGGAAAAGUUUCCCAAGGAGUAAAUAUUAGUGUCAUAUCUAAUCAGGCUGUGUAUUGUCCAGAGGUCAUCAAGGUUACAAACAAGGGGAACUACUCUUGGGAGAAAACUGUUGCUGGUAUCGAGGUCAGUCAGCCAUGUAAAUCACCAAAAACAAAGUUAGCGAAAUAUCAGUGUAAUAGAUUUGGAUAUUGGGAAGAUUUGGACGUAUCCCAGUGUUCGUAUAUGAGUGAAAUGACCAGACAACUAGAAAGAUUAGCCUCAGUUGAUUUUAAUACUACUGAUAUCUAUGAUUACUUAGCCGAUCUUGAGAAAAUCUUCACAAUUCCCAAACCUAGAAUUUUUGGGGUAAUGGAUGUUGUCUUCCUGGCAAGAAUAGUAGAAAAACUACAAGAUCAUUUAUCUGUCAGUUCAGAGAUAUCUCAGAUUAUAGUGAGUAAAGUGAGUAGUAUCAGUUCAUUAGAAACUUCUGUUUUACGUAGUGCUCAAUUACAAGAACAAGCUUCUACCAGGUUUGUUCGUGUUCUACAGAAUAUUUCUAAUAUGGUGGAGAUUGAACCACCAAAUAAGGAAUGGUCCAAAUAUUCACGGAACAUUGCCAUCAUGGUGUUACAGGAACCACGAGCAAAUCCAUCGCGUAUACAAUGUAGUCUGCGAAAGUUAAGAAACAUCAAAAAACGUAAAAAUAACACCAACAAUCCAUUUGCAUGCAGUCGUCUUAGUAAUGAUACAGAAAUUCCUCUUAAACCAGAGAAGAAUUCCAAGCUGUCUGUCAUACUACCUCCAACUUUAUUUAACGAUGCUGGUCUGUAUUAUGAAGAAUCACCAAAAAUACAAAUCAUUGUUUAUCGUGAUGGUUCUCUCUUCCCAUCAACUACUUCUCUACGCGGUGAUCCAGUGUUUGGUGACAAGAAUUGGUCAGUGGCAUCAAAUGUGGUAACUGUUUCUGUUGGUCAUCCUGUAUUAAAUUUAUCUGAACCAGCUAUUCUGUAUUUUGAAGUUGCUCGUACUAGAAAACCUCUGGCAGCAGCUUACUGGGAUUUUGAUGCUAAUGGUGGAUUAGGUGAUUGGAGAAGUGAUGGAUGUGAUAUUAUUUCUACAGUAGGAAAUCUAACAACUGUAUAUUGUUAUCAUCUAGCUACUUUUACUUUACUACAGGAUGAUACUGAAUAUAUUAUUAGAGAAUCAUUUGUAAUGGAACCUGUUAUUUAUGUAGGAAGUUGUCUGUGUAUGUUAUGUAUGAUGGUUGUCAUUAUAACUUACAUCACAUGUUUUAGAGUAAUCUAUAUACCAAAGAAGUUAAAACACUCUGUUAUAAAUAUAUGUAUUAGUGUACAUCUAUUAAUCGUGGCCUUUACCCUGGGUAUAAAUCGUACUGAUCUAGAAUUAGCAUGUCAAAUAGCUGGUAUAUGUAUACAUUAUCUAACAUUAUGUGCAGUCUUCUGGAUAACCAUUACUUCCAACAAUAUGUAUAAAAAGUUUACCAAAGCUGAAAAACCACCUGAACCACCCCCGGAACUGAUCAACAUGCCCCUCCCCCCGAAACCUAUUUUACGAUUUUAUUUCUUGGGGUGGGGUGUGCCUAUUAUAAUAUGUGGAAUUACGGCAGCAGUUAAUUUUAAUCAUUAUUUAGGAAUUGAUUAUUGUUUUUUGGCGUGGGAGCCGAGUCUUGGUGCAUUUUAUGGGCCUAUAACUUUAUUGGUUGUGUUAAAUCUUAUAUUUUUUCUACGCAUAUCGUGUGUUAUUCGUGGAGCUAAUGGAAACGCGAGUGAACAAGAAGACUGUACAGAAGAACUGCAUGUUAAUGAAAUAGAACUAGUUCCGAGUCAAGCGGACACAAAUUUAGAAGUGCAGACACUGACACCGCGUCGUCAGAGAAUUGAAAGAGAGCGUGUUAAGGAUGAUGAUGAUGAUGAAGAAGACGAUAACGAGUCUACUCUAAGUGUGAUGGACCAAGAACGUCGACCAAUCACACAGCUUCGUGCUAUUGUUGCCAUGUUGUUUUUGUAUAUAUUAGCGUGGGUGUGCGGUGCCAUCGCUGUCGCUAAACCGUUUAAAUCUAUCAUACCUUAUCAAGAACUUAUAUUUAGUUAUUUAUACGGAGCAACUAGUACAGCUCUCGGUGUAUUUAUGGUGGUGUACUUCUGCUUAUCGCGACAAGACUCUCGAUUGAGUUGGAAGAGAUUCUUCGGUUGUACUUCUCCUGAAUUAUACUCAAUGCCCGUAAAUACGGAGCCUCCAGCAUCAACACCCCCUCAGGUUAAUGGCAACAUUAUCAAAUCAUCAAGUAACAUGAAUUUAUCGACUCAUUCUCAAAAAUCCACCAACAUCGAAAAAGCUAACAGUAUGAAGCAAAACCAAAAUACACAAAGUAAACAAUCGAAUAUAAAUCUAGUCCCACAAACAAAUUCUUCAGUCACUGAAGUCUCCAUAAACAGUGGUUCCGAAAACUUGCCCAGUUUUUACAACCCGCGGCAAAAUGGAGCCGCUAAAAAAUUCUGGGAUAAAAAUAAACACAAGCAAGGUAAAGUGAUGAAUAAAGACGCUAAUCGCGAUAUUAAUUGUAGUAGUAUUUCUGACGAGUUGAGUCGUCAUUACAGCCAAGGCAGCGACGCUAAUACACAUCUUAGUAUUGAGAUUCAAAUACAACAGGCUAACGGUGGUGUUUAUGGACAAAAUAUGACCCCCAACUUUCAACAACCCAACAGGAUGACCCCUAAUCAUUUUAAGAGAGGUCAGCAAGUGUAUCAUGAUAGGAAUCACAUGACACCAACAGGGGUCGUGGGGUCAGAGCAUGGAACGGCUAGUCCCGUUAGUUUCAUCUCAUCACACAUUCUACCUCAACAUCAACGCUCUAACAGUUCUUGUUCUGUGGGGUCACGACCCAGCGCAUUUAUCCCGGUUCAGCCCCGUAAUAACACACUACCGAGACCCGGAAGAGGGGAAACACCUGAUGGACCCACAAGUCCAAACACAAACAAUAAUAAUUAUAUGAAUCGUGAAGGUUCUGUGCCACGAUUGCGGGAUUUUGAUGGUCAGAGUCAAGUCAGUGGAUCCGGUCAUCAAGAUCCAAGAAAAUCACCACUUCCACCUAACAUGGGACCCAAUUUACCAACCCCACCUCCACAAUAUCAAAACAAAUCAAAGAGUCCAGUUCAUCAAAAUAAUGAUAUCAAACGGGGACGUCAAAGCCCCUACACAGUUCGGACAAGUCCCUACAACUACAGACAUAGCCCAAAUCAUCGACCAAUGUCUGGGGAGUACAGUUCUGAUGCCAGUAGUCGAAGAAGUCGAGGAAGGCAUCCUUAUUUCCGAGAAGCUCCUAUAGGAUCCUAUAAUCCUGUUGCAGGGGGAAGACAGAGUCCAGCCAUGUCAGAUUCAACACAAUCUCAACAUGGUAGAACCGUAGAUCCCCGUUAUCUGUCUCCAGAUUCAGAUAAUCAAAAUAAAGAACAACCAGCACAGCGACCACCAGAAACGGAUCAUCACUCAGAUCCAACUCAUCGUAAACGCCAUCGCUCAUCUCGAGAACGUCGACAAUCAAAUAAAUUACAGGGCAUGAGAAAACAGAAAUCAUUAGGCUGGGAUAAUGAGUUCAAAGGUCGACCAGCUAAGCAGUAUUCAUACGCUUACGUGAAUCAUAAUUAUCGGGACCGUGUGUUAAGGAAACUGAUUAAACAGGCUAGUGAAAGUGACGAUUUAGCUAAAAAGGCUUUCUGGCUUCCGCGAUCUUUGAGUGAAUAUGACCGUCUGUGUCAGUCUGGUUUCUGUAAGAGUAACAUGGUAGAAGACUCGUCAACAAGUUCAGAUGAGGAACACAGUGUUUACGAUAUUUGGGUACCGCAAGAAAAUGGCAAAGACAAAUUCUCAAAAAAAGAAACCAGUGUUUAAAUUAUUACAAACCUGCUCUAGCAUAGUUUAUUGAUUUUUGUAUCAUAAGUAAUGGUAUUUUUUACAUUUUGUACAAAGAAACAGAAGUGACAUUUAUUGUUUUCCAUAUAAGCUUUGAGAGCACUAUGUGUGUGUGUGUUUUACGAGGCUUUUUAAACAAAAGAGCUACAAUAUGGGGACAACCAUUGUGUAUAUAGAAGUAUUUGUACAUGAUUAUUGUGGAUAAACUGAAUUUAUUGUAUGCUUUAUUUUAAUAUUGAAAAGACAUGAAGCUAUUUGGCAUUCAAUUUUUUUUAUAUUAAUGUUGUGUCUUGUUUAACAGAAAAUAUCUGCUUUACUAUUUUAUUUUAGCCAAAAAAAAAAAUGAUAAACUUUUAUGGCAUUGGUGCAAUAUUUUAAUUCUUUUUUUCAUUUUUAGAAUGAUUAUAAGGGCAACUAGACUACUAGAGACCAUUACUAUAUAAGAAUAAGUUUAUUCAUCUAUGGAGAAUAAUUCAAUGAACAUUGAAUAAUUUUUCGACACAUACCGUUAUGCUCUAGUGACAUAAGUUCUCAUCUGAUAUCAAAUUCCAACUUCCAUUAAAGAUUUCUGGCAUUAUGGCACUUGCUCAAUAAAUGCUUAAAUAGUCGAUGUUCGUGGAAAAAAAACUGAGAAAUAAAUAAGAUGGAGGCAUGAAUAAGGUAUAAAGUAGAAGUAGUUUAAACUUUAGGUGGCCAAUUUUAAGGAUUCUUUUGGACCAAUAUGCUUUUUGGUAAGACUUCCAGUAUUUUUAAGUUUAUGUGGUAUACAUAUCCACAUCUGUUUAAUCUGUAAUACAGAGCCUUUAGAGUAGUUAAAACAUAUUAUAAUCAUAGAUGGCUAUAUAAAAAGUUUGAAUAUAGUACAGGGAUUUAACAGUGUUCUAGUGAAGCCUUAAUGUUUUACAACUAUAGUUGGAUCACGAUGCCAAAAAUAGAUUCUUUGAUAUAUAAGCUUAUCUAGUCAUUUAGGACUGUCAACAACGAUACAGCCUUGUUUUCUACCACCAUAUAGUUGUACUAGUCGUUUAAAUUUAAGUAUUUAAAAAAAAUCUCCCAUAGAAUUGUUUUUCUUUCUUACAUUGAGUCUUCUAUUAGACAUCUAUAAAUUGGCAAUAAAUUAAGAACUACUUUAUUUCAUUUUUAGAGACGGUCUAAGUACUAUUAUUUCCAAAUUUUCCCACUUAGAGAAGGUCUAAGUAGUAAUCUUGAAACUUUAAACUAACUGGUCAGUCUUCAGAUAUUUAAAUAGAAAUUGCCCAAAAAAUAUUAUUAAUAAAUUGGCUUAUAUGUUAUUGGAAUGUAAAAUUUUAUGAGAUUUAAAAGGAUAUGUAAAACUAUUUUGUAUAAUGGAUCUUAAUGAAUAUGAUCACUUGGUAACAUUACUUCUGUGUAUUUUGUAAAUGAGCAAUCUGUUUAACCAUAUUAUCUAUUUAUAAUAUAUUAUAGUAUUUUUAUCAUAAAAUGGCUAUUUUAAUGAAAAUUUAUACAAUAUGUAUGAUAUUUACUUUGUAACAAUUUGACCAACUACCUGAUGUCAUUUCACAAAGAAUAUGUCAAUCUCUAGUCUGUGUCAAUUUUAGGAAACCACAAGCAGAAGGAUAAAUUCAAUCAUUUUAUAUUUUGUUUCCCCGUAGGGUUAAUUAAGUGAUCUAGUGCUACUGGAAAACUUACUUUUUACUAAAAAUAUAUUUAUGACAUGUAAAAUAAAUAAAGUUAAUGUGAUCAAUAAACUUACAAAAAAUAAAAUAAGAAAUCCUGUAAGUUGUUAAUAACAUGCAUGUCACAGCUAGUUAUCAGCACAUGUAAGUUAUUAUGUUGUAUUUUAUUAUAUAGCUAUUACCUUAGCUCAAUAACCAAUAUAGUUUUUCUUGUAUUUUGGAUAUAGGGAUAUAGUCUUUAUUCCAGAUGUCCAGUGUUCAUCAAUAUCUAUUUAAAUGAAAAACUAUUUCAAAGUUAGAGGAGUUGGGUGGCUGAAUGGUCAGCGUGUGCGUGUUGUAUCAUAAGGUCUGUGAUUGAGUCAAUUGGCGUGGUUUCGAUUCCCCGGUUGUAUGGGACAAGGACUAGGGUCGCCUGUCUAACCUCAUGGGUUUUUUCCGGUUCCUCCCACUGCUAAAGACCCCUACACGCAAGUGAAUUAUUGAAAUAAAAUUGAACCAUGUUAGUCCCGAAAUGACCUAGUUUGUGUUGAGUGGAGGUUAAACCCAUUUCUCUCUCGCUCAAAGUCAAUAUCUGAUUGACUUUAAAUUUAUACACAGCGCUUAAGGUCAGGAGACAACCAAUCCUGUUGAUUUUCAAUGAUUUUUAUACGUCCACAUUCAUAAUGUGAACGUAUUAUGCCGUCGCCCCUGUCUGUGUGUGUGUGUGUGUGUAUGUAUGUAUGUGUGUGUGUGUGUGUGUGUGUGUGUGUGUGUCUGUGGUUCGCCUACAGGGCGCAAUUCUUCAUGGAUUUUCUUCAAACUUGGUAUACUUAUUCCUUAUACCCCAAGGAAGAUCCCUAUUGUUUUUGGUGCAUGCCCGACCCCCCGGGGCAGAGCCACGCCCAUUUCUAGUAUUUGUUUGUUUGUCGUCUACAGGCCACAUUUCUUAACUAAUAAUCUUGAAACUUUGCAUACACAUUCUUUGUACCCUAAGGAACAUCCCUAUCGUUUGGGGUGCAUGCCCAACCCCCAGGGGCAGAGCCACGCCCAUUUUCUUUUCGUGUGUCUUUGUGUCGCCUACAGGGCGCAAUUCUUACUGGAUUUUCUUCAAACUUGGUAUACUUAUUCCUUAUACCCCAAGGAAGAUCCCUAUUGUUUUUGGUGCAUGCCCGACCCCCAGGGGCAGAGCCACGCCCAUUUUUUGUAUUUCUUUGUUUGUCAUCUACAGGCCCCAUUUCUUAACGUAUCAUAUUGAAACUUUGCAUACUUAUUCUUUGUACCCUAAGGAACAUCCCUAUCGUUUGGGGUGCAUGCCCAACCCCCAGGGACAGAGCCACGCCCGUUUUCUUUUUGUGUGGCUGUGUGUCGCCUACAGGCCACAAUUUUUAAGUCAUCACCUUGAAUCUUUACAUACUUGUUCCUUAUACCCUAAGGAUGAUCCCUAUUGUUUUUUGUGCAUUCCCGAUCCCCAGGGGCAGAGCCACGCCCAUUUCUUGUAUUUGUUUGUUUGUCGUCUACAGGCCGCAUUUCUUAACGCAUCAUAUUGAAACUUUGCAUACUUUUUCUUUAUACCCUAAGGAACACCCCUAUCGUUUGGGGCGCAUGCCGAACCCCCAGGGCCAGAGCCACGCCCAUUUUCUCUCUGUGUGUCUGUGUGUCGCCUACAGGCCACAAUUCUUAAUCGAUCGUCUUGAAAAAAUUUCAUAUGAAUUCCUUAUACCCUAAGGAUGAUCCCUAUUGUUCUUGGUGCAUGCCCGACCCCCAGUGGCAGAGCCACGCCCAUUUCUUGUAUUCAUUGUUUGUUAUCUACAGACCGCAUUUCGUAACGUAUCACCUUGAAACUUUGCAUGCUUACUCCUUCUAUCCUAAGGAACAUCCCUAUUGUUUGUGGUGAAUGCCCAGCCCCCAGGGACAGAGCCACACCCAUUUUCUUUUUGUGAGUCUGUAUGUCAUUUACAGCCUGCAAUGCUUAAUCGAUCAUCUUGAAAACUUUUUUAUACUUAUACGUUAUACCCCAAGGCUGACCUCUAUUUUUUUGGUGAUUGCCCAACCCCCAGGGGCAGAGCCACACCCAUUUUUUUCUUUGUGUCUCUGUGAGUUGCAUACAGGCCACGAUUCCUAAUGGAUUGUCUUUGAACUUGGGAUAUGUUUUCCUUAUAGCCUAAGGACGACAACUGCAUGUCACACCCCCAGGGGCAGAGUCACGCCCAAUUUUUAUGUUUAUCGUUUACAGGCCCGAAUUCUGGAUGGAUCAACUUGGUAUUUGGCAUAUGUAUUCCUUAUAGCCUAAGGGCAUCAACUAUUGAUUUUGGUGAAUGCCCCAACGCCCAGGGGCAGAGCAACGUCCAGGGGCAGAGCAACGCCCAAUUUUUGCCUUUAACGCCCAAAGGCCACAAUUCUGAAAGGAUUAUUUUGGAACUUGGUGUACUUAUUCCUUAUACCCUAAGGACGGCAACUAUUGAUGUUGCCAUUUCAAUAACAGAAUGGUACCUGUUUAUAUUGUUUCCAUAUCCAACCCCCAUGGGCAGAGCCACGCCCAGUUUUUGUAUUUAUCGUCUACAGACUGCAAUUCUGAAUGGAUCAUCUUGGAACUUUGCAUAUUUAUUCCUUAUACCAUAAAGACAGCAACAAUUUAUUUUGAUACUUGCCCCGACCUCUUGGGGCAGUGUCACACCCACUUUAUUGUUAGUAUUUUGUCUGUAAAUUUGGCAAAACAAACCCGACGCCUAGCCUUCUUUGCCUCUGAUCAUAUUACAGCCAUUUCAUUUUCAUUCUCUUCAUUUUAAAAAGUACCAUAUCAAUCAAAGCUGGAAUGUGGACGUAUAUUGCAGCGUUAGCAAUGCUCUUGUUUAUAGUUACUGCCAUAGUUAUGGCCCUUGAUCACUUGUAGGCGCUCUAAUAUCUGAUUGACUUUAAAUUUAUACACAGUAUUCAAGACGAAGAAUCCUAUUGAUUUCUAAUUAUUAUUUCCGAAGUUAUAGCUCUUGAUAUUAAAUGUUUUGUAUACUAAACGUAUAGGGCAGAACUAGAAGCCAAACAAAUUCUAACGAUUUCUGAUAAUUACUUAAUGGGUUGUUACUCGUAAUCAGAUUUUGUAAAUGUUUUCAUUUCUGACAAAAGAAAAGAUAUGCGACAACCCUUGUUGACUCCCCGAACCACUUAGCUGUUGUAAUCAUAUGUUAAGUUUCCUGGCAACAUUACUAAUUUCAAAACAACAGUAAGAAAAUUACAGUCAGUUAAUUUAAGACAUGCUGUCUUUCCACUCCCUCUCUGCUUGUGGUCUUUUAAAUCUCAAUUUGUUUUAUGAACAUUAAAAACGGCCUCAAUAAUGAAAAGUUACAUACAUGCAUGUAGAACUUAUGAGAAUUAGACAUAAGUUAAAUUUUACAUGUUCUUUGUGAAAAUAGUCCUUCUUUAAAAUUUAAUGAUACUUAUGAAAACAAAAUCAUGUAAAUAGACGUUUAAAUAUCUACAUUGUAUAUAAUAAUAAGUCUAAUGUGAAUAUUGUAAUGUAUAUAUAUAUUAUUUACCUAAUUAUAGAAAUAGACAACUACUGUCAGGUUUAACGUGUACAUGCGAUUUUAAUUUAUUAGUUUAUAAGCAAACUCGUUUCUCAAGUUUUUGUAAAGAUUUGUUUUAUAUAAGUACAAAUUUUUUGUAAAAUAUAUAUUAUUUUUUUUAGUAAGGUAUAUUUUUUUUGUAAUUUUUGUACCAUUUGCAUGAGUUAAUUUUCUAUGAUAUAUAUAUAUCUUUGUUGCCUGUUUAGGUCAGCCUCUGUUUUUUUUGUUAGAAUUUUUUUUUUCACGAAGAUAAGUUAUUACCUUCUAAACUUGAAAUUUUAUGACAAUAUGUAUACAAUAAAUGAAUGCAUUUUUAAAUUUUGUUUUUUUAUGUCAAAAAUUAUUUAUUCCUAUCACUGACUAAAAUAA